AUGGCUUUCUUCCUCUUGUGCAUGUCGACGCUCCUGUUCAUCUCCAUCUCUUCCUACGUCUUCCAGCUGCUGGCCGACCGCCGCCACCGGCUUCCUCCUGGCCCCAGACCACUCCCGCUCAUUGGCAACCUCCUCGACGUCGCGAGCGAGCUGCCGCACCGCUCCCUCGCGCGUCUCGCCGGACGCCACGGGCCCCUCAUCACGGUCCGGCUCGGCACGCUACUCACCAUCGUCGCCUCCUCUCCAUCCACCGCCCGUGAGAUCCUGCAGAAGCACAACGGCAGCCUCACCGGGCGCAGCCCGCCGGACGCGUGGCUAGCCCUUGCCCACGCUGCCAACUCCGUCUUCGUCCUCCCGCCGGACCGCAGGUGGCGCGCGCUGCGCAGGAUCGGCACGGAGCACCUGCUCUCGGCGAGGCAGCUGGACGGCGCUCGGGUCCGGCCACUGCUGCGGGACGGAGUCCUCGACCUCGUCCGCCGCGUGUCUGCGCUAGCCGCGGCGGCGGCGCCGGUGGAGGUCGUGCACGCCGCGUUCGCGGCAAUGAUGGACCUGCAGUGGCGCGCCAUGUUCUCGACGGGGCUAGACGACGCGGCGGCGUGGGCGCUGCACGAUGCCGCGCGGGAGGCCGUGGCGCUGUCCCUGAAGCCCAACGUGUCGGACUUCUUCCCGGCGCUUGCCGCGGCCGACCUCCAGGGCGUGCGCCGCGGCUUCGCGAGACGGGUGGCGAUGGUUUACAGGCUGGUCGACGAGCAGAUCGAGCGCCGGAUGCGGGGCCGGCGGGAAGCUGCUGCUUGCGGCGGUGUCAGCUCGUGCGAGAAGGACCUUUUAGAGGUGAUGCUCGACAUGUCGGAGCAAGGGAAGGACGACGGCGUGAUAAUGAGCGUCAACAGAGAUGUGAUCAGAACAUUUCUCACGGACAUCUUUCUGGCGACUGUGGAUACAAUAUCGAGCACGAUCGAGUGGGCUAUGGCGGAGCUCCUACAGCACCCAGACACCCUGCGAAAGCUACAGAAAGAGCUGAGGAGUGUUCUCGGGUCCAAGCCGUACGUGGAGCACUCGGACGUCGGCCGUCUCCCCUACCUCCGGGCAGCCAUCAGGGAGACGCUCCGGCUGCACCCGGUGGUGCCGCUGGUGCCGAACGAGGCCGAGCAGGCGGUGGAGAUCCAGGGCCACGCCGUGCCCAAGGGCUGCACCGUGCUGGUCAACCUCUGGGCGGUGCACCGCGACGCCGGGGCGUGGCCGGAACCCGACAGGUUCGUGCCGGAGAGGUUCCUGCCGCGGCUCGAGGAGACCGGCUUUGUGGGGACCACUGAGUUCGAGUUCAUCCCGUUCAGCGCUGGCCGGCGCGCCUGCCUCGGCCUGCCGCUCGCCACCAGGAUGCUGCACGCCAUGCUUGGCUCACUGCUGCUCCGGUUCGACUGGGCGCUCCAGCGGGAGGCGAUGGAGAAUGGCGUCGACAUGUCCGAGAGUCUGGGAUUGACGAUGACCAUGACUACCCCGCUCAAAGCUAUUGCGAAGCCGUGGAGUGUGUGA